AUGUAUAGCAUUCUCGCUCCCGCUCUGUUUGCGUCGCUUGUUGCGGCCCAUGGUCACGUCACCAACAUCGUUAUUAACGGUGUCUCCUUCGAUGGAUGGGACAUAGGAAGUUAUCCUUAUACAGACUCGCCUCCAGUCGUGGUGGCUUGGGGUACCCCAAACACUGCCAAUGGCUUCGUUGCCCCGGAUGCAUACGAUACCUCGGAUAUCAUCUGCCAUCUUGAUGCUACUAAUGCUAAAGGUCACGCGGUAGUAGCUGCCGGUGACCGAGUCUUCCUCCAAUGGACCCCCAACUGGCCAGAAUCACAUCAUGGACCGAUCAUUGAUUACCUCGCCAGUUGUGGUGCGGGUGGCUGUGAAACUGUGGAUAAAACGACCCUCGAAUUCUUCAAGAUUAGCGGCGUCGGACUAGUUGACGGAACAAAUGUCCCCGGAAUUUGGGCCGAUGAUCAACUCAUAGCCCACGAGUCGGGAUGGAUGGUCGAGAUUCCUUCCGACAUCGCACCUGGACAUUAUGUCUUGAGACAUGAAAUCAUCGCACUCCAUGGCGCAGGAACUCAGGGCGGGACCCAGAAUUAUCCCCAAUGCUUCAACCUACAAAUCAUCGGCUCAGGAUCAGACAAGCCAGCAGGUGUCUUGGGUACUGAUUUGUACAAUCCAACUGACCCUGGCAUCCUUGUGAACAUCUACACGUCUCUGUCAACAUAUAUUGUCCCCGGACCAACUCUUUACAGUGGUGCGGUCUCAAUCACACAAACCACCUCAGCAAUAACUGCUUCUGGUACACCAGUGACAGGGACAGGUGCUAUUACUGAUGGCACCGUCACAGCCACAGCUACAACAUCCAAGACUACCACCACCACUACCACCACAACGACGACACUGGUGACUUCUACCAAAACCACCACUACUGCUGGUGGGGGCGGAGCAAGCCAAACUCCCUACGGACAGUGCGGAGGAGCUGGUUGGACGGGACCAACUGCAUGCGCGUCGCCGGCAGCCUGUUCUUCGGCAAACCAGUGGUAUUCUCAGUGUCUUCCAACUGCUGUCUAA